AUGUUCCCGGCAGGUGCGAGCGGAGGCUCCGGCACGGCCCGGGCUGCAGGCGGGACACGGAGGGUGAGCGGCUCCGGGCGGUGCGGAGCUGCCGCCAACACGGCGCGCCGGGGCGGGGGCGGCGCGGGGCGGGCGCGGCCGCGGGAGGGCGCGGCGGGAGCGGCGCGGGCGCUGCCGCUGAAGAUGUCGGCGCGGCGGCCGGGGCCGGGGCCGGGGCCGUGCUGGCUGCUGCUGCCGGCGCUGCUGUGCGGCGGCGCCGCGGGGUACGUGGUGGUCAGCUCCGUGUCGUGGCCGCUGCCCGAGGCGGGGGCGGCGGCGGACGAGCUGCACAGCUCCUCCACCGAGGAGGCGCUGCCCGCGCUGCUGGAGGAGGCGGGCGGCCUCUGGAAGCAGAGCUACCCGGCCUCGGCGUACCGCGAGGAUGCGGCGCUGGGCUCCGGGCCGGCGGCGCGGCGGCCGGGGCAGGGGGCCGCCCCCUCCAGGAUGUUCUCCUACCGGCGGGAGGGCGGCGGGGCGCCGGGACGCGCCGGGACCGCCCGCUUCCUCGCCCGGCACAACACCUGGGGCUUCGUAGCGACGCGGGCCGCCCGAGGAAAGAUCCAAGGUAUGCCCUAUGGGAACUGUUUACUUCUCAGUGAUGGUCCCAUCAAUAACAGCACUGGAAUCCCUUUCUUUUAUGUGACACCAAAGGAUAACACCGUGACAGAUCUUCUGAAGAACCCCAUGGCUUCUCUGACCCUGCCAGAGGCAGAUGGAAAUUUCUGCAGAAGAAACGUAAUUGAUCCAGAGGAUCCAAGGUGCGCCAGGCUGACUCUCACAGGACAGAUGGUCACGGUGCCUCCGGAGGAAAUAGAAUUUGCCAAGCAAGCAAUGUUUUCCAGGCACCCAGUGGUAAGAAAGUGGCCUCGUAGCUAUGAGUGGUUCUUCAUGAAAAUGAACAUUGAACACAUCUGGCUUCAAAGCUGGUAUGGAGAAGUUUCUCCCAUUGCAGUAGAAGAGUAUUUAAAAGCAGUUCCAAGUAAAGGAUGAUUGAAUGGGCUUUGAAAUAGAAAUCUCCUGUGUUUCCUUUCCAAACACUUUUAAAAUUUCAUGGUAGAUGGUUUCUUUACAGUGGUAUUUUUCUUCUUCUCCCAAAAGGCUUCAAAAUAGCCCUGUCUCACAUGGAGCAGAGUGAAAAUAAAUCAACACAGACUUUCAAAUUAUAAAGGAGAGGUGGAUAUUAGCCCUACCCUGCAAUGUACAGACUUGUCAUUUCGAGCAGGCAAUGUGUCAUCUGAAAUGCUGUUUUUAAAAUGCUUUGUAUCUGUUUGUUUUGACUUCUAUUGCUGUGCACCCACAGGGAAACUACACUAUGUGCUAAAUAUAAUGUUCUGAUUUGCAGAAAAUGCAAAUUGCCUACUCAGAACCCUCUAUGCAUUGUGGAGGUAUUACUGCUGCUUGGUCUCCCUCGAUUGCAAGUACUUCAAGAGAAACUUAAUAGCUGCAAAUUUAGGUAUUUAAGUUUAAAAACAAAUUAUUUGCUAAAGCUGUCCUCAUUUGCUAAUUUCUCUUUUCUAUGUAUGCUUUUCCCUAAUUAGAUAAUUUGAUAUUUCACUUGGAAACUGAGUAAAACUUCUCUUUAGCAGAAAAAAUGCAAUCAUCUCAAACAACACAGCUCAAAUAUAACUUGUCUCUGACACAAAGCUGGUUAAACACAUUAAAGGCCAAAAUCAAAUCAGCCUCACAAGGAUUAUCACAAUGCAAGUAAAAACAUUCUCAUAAGAAGAAUUUAAGUAAAUGUUCUAAGCUAACCUCUUCCUGUUGAGACCGGAAAAGUAAUUUUAAUAGCCUGUAGUCCCAUUUUUUUUGCCUCCCUGCUCCAGCCACUGCUUUAUUUUUAACUGGCUUGUGCAACUGAUUUUUUGUAAGCCCUCAUUAACUCACUGAGGGCUUACAAACAUUACAUUAACUCCUUUUCCUCACCAAGAUUUAAAGGGCUUGUUCAUGCAUUUAUUUUUUAAAGAAGCCUAAGGAUGGUAGGUAUUUCAGGCCAUGAAAAGCUGCUUUUCCCGGUAUGGAAAGUGCAAAUUUUUGUUGCAAACACAUUAUCUAUAGGCUUCUCAUGUGGUAAUAUCGACAUAGUUCAAAGGUAUCUUAUUUCCCAUGAGCUCUUUCUCUAGAUGUCCUCCUGGUAAACUUACUCUGCAGUUCUAAAGGGUAUAACAGAAAGAAAAUUCCCCAUGGCUAACUAGCCACAUCACCACACAGUUUCAAAAUUACAUAGCUGCUCUCCCUGUUACAUUAAGAAGAAGACACAUCGAGAUGGGGUUUAUGUGCCUGUGGGGAAGGUCUUCCAACAUCCCUGGGAAUGCACUUGAGCUCUGGACAUCAGCCUGCAUCACAUCUGGGCUGGGGAGGAGCCUGGGUGCCCUGAGCUUGUACAGGUUAAUCCCUGGGCAGAGCUCAGAGGCAGUUGCAUGAGCUAUGAUCAGCUGGAAGCCAAUUAAGUGUAGCUGAGCUUAUUUUGGCUCAGUCAUGGAGAGAGGGAGUCAUUCCCAGAACAGCUGGGCACCAUGCUGGUUUAACUACAAGGGGCCCCACGGUGCCCAACUUAGCCUUAGGGUGAAUCCCAGGCCCCAGGCGUCACUACUAUUCCUGAUAUUCUGUAUGAAGUCAAGGCAAAUGAGGGGGGAAAACUUUAUUUAGACACUCACUAAGCUUUUUAAAUUCUUGUCUCCUUGCCAGAGACUUUGUUAGCUGUGCAGAUCUUUUGCAGAGGUAAUUACACAAAAGGAGGAAGCGUCCUGCCUGAAUCUAUUUCCUUCUUUUUUUUUUUUUUUCUUGGCAGAUGAGCUGCAUUUUCACAUUUGAUUUUGCCCCUGAAUCUUGCAUUGUGUAAUACUGAAGCAAGAUGGCCCAUCCUAUACAGAUUUAUAGAAUAUCAUCAAGUGAAAUCCUCCUCGGUUCCUAUAAUUUUGCCAUGGGGAUCUUUGUCCACUAUGGAUUUGAUGACUUUGUCCAGUAGGAUUAAUGGGACUUUCAAAUCAGAGUUCAACAGGAAAAAUACUAGUCCUUGUAAGAGAAUUUCACAGGUGUAACAUUUCUGUGAAAGUAUAAUUACAUAUUUCUUUAUCCCAGUUCAUUACUAUUCCCAGAGAAACCUGAAAUCCCCAUUCUGUCCCCCACUCCUCAAAAUACAGGUUAAGCAAAUCCAGAGUACAAUAUUAAUGUCCAAACAAGCUGAAGAAGAGAGGAAGAAUUUUAGAAGUGCUAGUCCUAUGUCCUAUCCAUUAGCUUAUUAACUAGUCUUGAAGCAGUAUAGUGUCAAGGAAGUCCAGAAGAGCUUUAAUGGUUUAAGAAGUCAGUGUGUACUAAGAAAGGUUUUGAAUUUACAACACUCUAUUUGUUACAAGCUGCCUCCCUGCACACACAGAUUAAUUGGAGUAGCUUCUGUAUUGUAAAAUGACACGUUCAUCAAGCAGCUUUUCUGUAUGGACCUGAUGUGAGGCUCUUGACAAAACCUCAAAACAUGAAAUGCUGGUGACAUGUAAAGUGACAAAAGGGGUCUCAUGAAGAAAUACUGUCUUAUAACACCUGUUCUCAUUUCAUGCUUUCUUCACCCAAGGAAUAACUACCAUGAGAGACCUUGAAAGUCUGUAGAAAUUAUCAAAAAUACAACCUGCAGUUUCGAAUGGAAUUUUCCAGACC